AUGUCGGUUUCUGCAGCGCUCAAGGCGAGGGUUAGGAGGCCGAGUUACCUCAAGAAGAUUGCUAAGGCGGAGGAUUUGCUGCAUCACUUUCCAAACGGUGCGUAUGUAGGCUGGAGUGGAUUUACCGGAGUUGGAUACCCCAAGAAGAUACCGACAGCCCUCGCCGACCAUGUUGAGAAGAACAAUCUCCAGGGACAGCUCAAAUACAACCUCUUCGUCGGUGCUUCAUCUGGCGCCGAAACCGAGAACAGAUGGGCACGCCUGAACAUGAUCGAGCGCCGGUCGCCGCAUCAGGUUGGCAAGGAAAUUGCAAAGGGCAUCAAUAAUGGCAAUAUCAAGUUCUUCGAUAAACAUUUGAGCAUGUUUCCCGUGGAUUUGAUGUAUGGCUUCUACACGCUCAACAAGCCGCAAAACAAACUCGACGUCACAAUCGUAGAAGCGUCUGCAAUCACCGAAGAUGGUGGAAUCAUCCCCGGAGCAAGUGUUGGCGCAUCACCAGAACUCAUCCAAAUGGCGGACAAAAUCAUCAUCGAAGUCAACACGGCAGCCCCAUCCUUUGAAGGCCUCCACGACAUCACCAUGACCGAUCUCCCUCCAAACCGCAAGCCAUACCUUAUCAUGCGACCUGAGGACCGUAUUGGAACCCCGCACAUUCCAGUGGACCCGGAAAAGGUUGUUGCGAUCGUGGAGAGUGACUAUCCGGAUCAGACGCAGCCCAAUACGCCUGCGGAUGAGACAUCGAAGGCUAUUGCGGGCAACUUGAUCCAGUUCCUCGAACACGAGGUCAGCCGUGGAAGGCUUCCAAAGAACUUGCUCCCCAUCCAGUCUGGAAUCGGAAAUAUCGCCAACGCUGUUGUUGGAGGACUUGCCACUGGAGGUGCGAAUUUCAAGGGCUUAAAAGUCUGGACAGAGGUUCUUCAAGACUCCUUCUUGGAUCUUUUUGACUCCGGCAAUCUGGACUUUGCAACCGCAACUUCAAUCCGCUUCUCGCCAGACGGCUUCGAACGCUUCUACGAGAGGUACGACGAGUACGCUCCCAAGCUGCUCCUCCGCUCGCAGCAAGUCUCAAACUCGCCCGAGAUCAUCCGUCGUCUGGGCGUUAUCGGCAUGAACACCCCCGUCGAAGUCGACAUCUACGCCCAUGCGAACUCAACCUGCGUGAUGGGCAGCAGGAUGCUCAACGGUCUCGGUGGAUCAGCCGACUUCCUCCGCUCAGCCAAAUACAGCAUCAUGCACACACCCAGCACAAGACCAUCGAAAACCGACCCUACAGGCGUAUCCUGCAUUGUGCCCAUGUGCACGCACAUCGACCAAACAGAGCACGACCUCGACGUCAUCGUCACCGAGCAGGGUCUCGCAGACGUGCGUGGUCUGUCGCCCCGCGAGCGUGCCCGCGUCAUCAUCAACAAGUGCGCGCAUCCCGAUUACAAGCCGAUCCUGCAGGACUACUUCGACAAGGCCGAGUUUGAGUGCUUGAGGAAGGGAUGGGGACACGAGCCGCAUCUGCUGUGGAACAGCUUCGAUAUGCACAAGCAUUUGAACGAGAAGGGGACGAUGAAGUUGCCCAAGUGGGAUUACACGAGCGCGGAGAAGACCAUGUAA